AUGGCUUCGAAAGUCCCUGUACCGCCGACCAACGGCGACGCUGUGGCCCCCGGGACAGGCGCUGGCGCUGAGCUCCCCAACAGCUCUACGACCAGCCUCCAAUCCUAUAAAGCCCCGCCUUCUGGUCAGACUCUGACCGGCAAGCAAGAGCACUACCUCAAGCGCGAACUUAUAUCGGACCAGGUCAAGUACGAAAUCUCGGAACUGAAUUCCCCAACCGCUCUCAAGCGUUUCGGUGCCCCCUUCAAAUCCGAUUAUGGCGAGGUCUCGCCUCUCGAAUCCGAGCUGCCAAUCCUGCGUUACAUAUUCGUCCACCAUGUUCGCGACUUUCCUUUCCUUGACAAGGCGAGGGAAAAGGAGUUCUGGCAGGAUAAGUUGCAAGUGUUCCUCGAGUCUUUCGCCAUGAAGAACAUAUCCUCCUCCGAAGAUCGCCUCGAAGAAACCAAGCGCCGCAAGCUGGCUCUGAAAAGCCAGAAACUCGUUGAGUUGAUGAUGGUUUCAGGAGUCAAGACCUCCUCAGGGUUCGAAGAGCGCAUUCGGUUUUCGGAAAUUGAAGUUGUCGACAGCAACGCCAUUGAUACGGGUGUCAUGCAUACCUUGCCGGAAGGAAACUACAUCAAUGGCUGGGAUGUGAAUGUUGCUGGUGUUCAUAUCACUCAGACAAAGGAAUUCUUGCUGCGUAUCAAGAGGAAGGGGGAGCUUGAGUUCUUCGUUGGCCGCCGCUAUGGUGACUUUAGCAGGUUGUAUAAGAGACUUCGGAUUGAACUGCCAGGCAAGGUUCUUCCUACAUUGCCCAAGAAGAACAAGUCCGACACAACGACGAGUAGUAUCUUCUCAUCCAUGACCAGUGGUAGCAAGGAUGAUGAUGCAUCGUCCUUUUCGUCAGUUUCCACUCAGAUGACGAACCUCAAAGUGGGAGAUGCCAGUGGCCAGAACCUUACGGUCCAUGGCCACCGACGUCCUGGUUCCAUUGCAUCGACCGGACGCGGCUCACCACGCACUUCGACCGACGAUAGGGCCAGGGCUCUGCUCGGCAAAAAGAGUGACACAGUCACAUUGUGGAGAGAAUCACAGCGAGUCUCUUUGCGGGCAUUCAUUCGCUCCUUGCUCGCAAAUCCCCAGAUCGCCCAGACGAAGGCAAUGGAAGAUUUCCUGACCAAGGACCAAAUCACGCCAACCGAUGAAGAUGUGGACGAUAUCAUGCGCCGGAAGGCCCUUGAUGAGCAACGUAUGGAGGAACAGAAGAAAUUCUACGAAAUCGCCAGGAAACGCGCGGCGGAACUUGACAUCUACAUGGAAGAGGACCUGUUCACCAUCUUUUACGAGCCGCUGGUGGUUGAAAAGUGCCAGGAGCAGGACGCGUCGGCUGAUCCCAACCAAACGGUCCAGGGCUUCAUCGACCUCUGUGCACGCCACGAGCACAACUUUUACAAGUUUGUUCAUGAGGUCCAUACGCAUGACAACGGCCUGUUUGACCAGCUCAUGGGCUGGAUCGAGGGCAUUCUGGAAUUCCUCCGAACUGGACCCAAGAACGGAACUCUGAACAUCAAUGCGCUAUUCGAGGGCGGCGUCUCCGCUGGCGUGAUUGACAAGGAGAAGGUCAUUCAAGAGGUCAACGAGCUCAUCGCGUGGCAGGAGGCCAGGAAGAAGUGGCACCACGAUAAGACGCGACAGAAGAUGGCGGCCGAGGGCGGAGGUCAGGGCCAGGCGGACCUCAUCCCCGGAGGCGCCUUCAAAUCUUCUGACUUUGGGCUCGACCAGAUGGAUCUUGAGGACAUGGCGUACGACGACGACACGGAGGACGAAGAGGAUGCGGAACAGGAGGAUCAGCUUGACCCUAUAGCAGCAGAACGCCAGCGUCGGGCGAAGAGGCGGGACAGGCUGCGACGCAGCGCCGGCGAGCCGACGAAGCCGCAUGUGACGGAAGUGCUCAAGCUGAAGGAGAACUUCCUGGUCAUGCUGAGGGAGACGCUGGCCGAGUGA